AUGGCGUCGCUGUCACCUCCUUUGGACUUGUCCCAUCACUUUAGCUAUACAACCAAGCAGCGCGCUCCUAGUGCUGUCAAGGGCUUUUACAAGUACUUUCAAAUUCCGGGCAUUGCGAAUCUGGCUGGCGGACUGCCAAAUGCCUCCUAUUUUCCGUAUGACACCCUAGAAGCGUCUGCCGCUCAUUCACAACGAUUCCCGACUGUCCCAGGUGGAAGAAAGACCAAAGAGCCUCAUCCGUCCGAUCGCUUGACCAUCCCUAAAGAGUCUCCGAGCGCCACACCGAAGAAGAUAGAUAUCACAACAGCUCUACAAUAUGGCACCGUCGAAGGAAUACCUCCCCUUGCGACGUUCGUCAACCAAUUCGUUCGCGAGCAUCUUCAUCCGAACGUCCCGUACGCCGACGGUCCAGCCACUAUUCUGAGCGCCGGGUCAACAGAUGGGUUCGCCAAGGCCAUCGAGACAUUCACAAACACAUGGAAUCCCGAUCGCGACUGGGCACACUUGCGCCAGGGUGUUCUUUGCGAGGAAUUUGUCUAUAUGAAUGCGAUACAGACCAUUCAGCCGAGAGGACUCAACGUUGCACCGGUGGCUAUCGAUGCAGAGGGCAUGCUCCCAUAUGGCCCCGGCGGAUUGUUGGAUGUUUUGCAAAACUGGGACUACCGCAAAGGCCGUCGCCCGCACUUGAUGUAUACUAUAACUAUCGGACAAAACCCAACCGGCGGUACGCUGUCAGUUGAGCGUCGCAAAGAGAUCUAUGCGAUCUGUCAAAAAUUCGAUGUGAUCAUCGUCGAGGACGAUCCUUACUGGAACCUGCAGUACCCAUCAGCACCAGAGAUGCAGGCACAGUACCGGAACACGGUGAUCGACAAGAACAGUCUCUCGAAACGGAACUAUAAUGCAGGAGGAAAAUCUUCCGGAUACGAGUUCCUCGAUUCGCUCGUGCCCUCGUACCUGUCCAUCGACACAGACGGCCGCGUUGUCCGUUUGGAUACUUUCUCCAAGACCAUUGCUCCUGGCUGUCGCCUCGGCUGGAUCACAGCGCAGCCGGCGGUGAUUGAAAGAAUCUCACGCAUCAUAGAGACAUCUACCCAACAACCAUCCGGGUUUGUACAGGCAAUGGUUGCGGAUUUGAUCCUCGGCCAGCAGGUAGAUGACGGGUCGGUCAGUUCUCGUAGCAAAGAGAAGACUCCGAAAGAAGGCUGGCAGAUGGACGGCUGGGUCCGAUGGCUGGAGGGUCUCCGCGCCGGAUACGAACAUCGGAUGCAGCAGAUGUGCAUUCGUCUAGAGGAGGGCCAAUAUACCACGGUUGAUGCAGGGAAACACACCGGCGAGUCGUCGCUCACUGACGACGAAGAAGACUCCUGGGAGGUUUUGGAUAAAGUACAAAUGUACGACUUUUCCUGGCCCACCGGAGGCAUGUUUAUCUGGCUCAAAGUGCGCUACGACACUCAUCCCUUGCGUCAGAAGUAUGCCCCAGAGCGGCUGGCCAAAGCCAUGUGGGUGCACUUUACACACAAACCGUACCUCUGUUUGCUUGGACCCGGCACGAUGUUCUCGCCGACGGAGGAAACUCAGCGCCGUGGCUGGCAGUAUCUUCGUCUCUGCUUUGCGGCGAUGCCUGAAGAUGACGUGGUGCCGGUCAGCGAGCGGUUGGUUGAAGGGUUUAGAGCGUUUUGGCAGCGGAAGGAUCUGGAUGGUCUUGAGGAUGAGGAUGGUCUAACGCAGGCGAUGGACCGGCUGCAGAUACGUCCUGCUGCUAAUUUUCUGGGUAUUGGGUGCUGA